AUGGACGAUUUGAAAAGGAAAAAACGGACGCGCGGUGGACACCGUUCGUUCGUUAAAAAAACCCUGGGAGAGGUAAAAGGACUGCUUUCCAAUCCUGAAUUGGAAAGAGAGACGUUAUAUAAUCGAAAGUCCUCCUUGGAAGAGCAACUUGGAGUAAUCCAAACGCUGGAUAACGACAUCGUAAAGGUUUUAGAAGACAAAGACGAGACCGAGGAAGCAGUUAUUGCGAACGAGAUCGAAGAGGCAGGAGUAUUGAGGGCGAUAUAAAAGCUGCCAUACGAUUGUUGGAAGAAGCCCUGCCGCAAAAGAAUAGCGAAAGCGAAGCGAACAGUGAGGGGGCGAGCUUAAAUGAAAGUACUGUAUCCAGCAAGAAAUCCGUUCGCGUGAGGUUACCGAAACUCGAAUUGCGAAAGUUUGACGGGAAAAUCGAGCGAUGGCAAGAAUUUUGGGAUUCGUUUAAAAGCUCGGUGGAUGAAAACCCUGAUUUAUCAGAGGUGGACAAGUUCUCGUAUUUACGUGGACUAUUGAAGGAUCAGGCGAGAGAUUGUAUUUCUGGGUAUGCUUUAACGUCAGCAAAUUACAAGAGUGCAAAGGAACAACUACAGCAAAGAUACGGGCGAAGCAACGUCAUACAAAAGACGCAUAUAAGGGAAUUACUGAAGCUUCAACCAGUCUACAGCGACCGAGAACAUUGUACGACGCGACAGAAACGCACCACCGUGGACUGAAAGCUCUUAACGUAGAACAGGAAAGUUACUCUUCAAUUGUGGUGCCAGCUAUAAUAGACAAACUACCAGAAACUGUACGACUAAGCAUUACGCGAGGAAAGAAACACGACGAAUGGAAUAUGGACGAUUUGUUGAGUGAACUGUUGAGUGAACUAGAAUUGCGGGAAGAACACUGGACACCUAAACCACCACGAGCUGAAAACGGCAAUGCCAAGGGUGAUCUUCGAAGUGCGUCAGCCUUGAUAGCUAAAUCAGAAGAAGAAAGAUGCGCUUAUUGCUUGGGACGACACGCUCAUGAGAGCUGUGAUAUGCCUUUAUUGAAGUUCCUUACAAACCACUUUCAAGAAAGAAAAGUGACCCGGUAA